GAUUCUUGUUUCUUGUUUCUUGUUUCUUGUGUGUCCUAAUUAUCAAAACAAAGAAAGAAAAGAAAACAAGAUGGAUAUCUUGCGUCCUAAGUUUUUCUUCAUUUUGUCAGUAGUCUUCUUGUUCGUGUUAUUUCCUUGUCCUUCUUCUUCAUAUUCCUUGCCUUCAACCAUCGUUAACUCCAUAAUCCAACACCAUAAUCAUACAGGAAUAUCAAGUUUUCGAGUCUUGAACAGAAGAGCUUUGAUUGCAUGUCCAUCUGAAAACCCUUAUGCACAAAUCAAAGUCACUUCAUCGCUAAACUCUACUCAUGUCUCAAAUGAAGAAUUUGUCACUGUAACUGUUACUGGAGUUUCCCAUCCUUCAAGUGAUCACUGGGUUGCCAUGAUCUCACCUUCUAACUCUGACGUGAAUAGCUGUCCUCUGAAGAAAUUUGAAUAUGUACAGACUGGAGAUCUUAGUGAGCUCCCUCUACUCUGCCACUAUCCUGUUAAGGCAGAAUUUGUGAGCAAUGAUCCAAACUAUCUAAAAUGCAAGAAAAAGGAAUGCAAAAAUUACGAUGACAAGAAAUGUGCUGUGACAACUUGCAGUGGUACAAUAAAGUUUCAUGUGAUCAAUAUCAGAACCGAUAUCCAGUUUGUGUUCUUUGCUGGUGGAUUUGAAACUCCUUGCAUUUUGGCCAAGUCUUCUCCCUUGAAAUUUGCCAAUCCAAACACUCCAUUAUAUGGACAUAUUUCAAGCGCAGAUUCUACAGCAACAUCAAUGAGAGUAACUUGGGUUAGUGGCAGCAAAGAACCUCAACAUGUACAAUAUGCAGAUGGAAAAGCAGUGCCAUCCCAAGUUACAACAUUUUCCGCGAAAGAUAUGUGCAGUUCUGUCUUUCCAAGUCCGGCUAAGGAUUUCGGGUGGCAUGACCCUGGCUACAUUCAUUCUGCAGUAAUGACUGGACUAAACCCUUCAAGCAUCUUCACUUACAGAUAUGGAAGUGAUUCAGUUGGGUGGAGUGAACAAAUACAGUUUCGGACACCACCUGUUGGAGGAUCAAAUGAAGUUAGAUUUCUUGCAUUUGGAGAUAUGGGAAAAGCACCUCGAGAUGCUUCUGUUGAACACUAUAUUCAGCCAGGAUCCAUGUCUGUGGUUGAAGCUAUGAUUGAAGAGGUAAAAAGUGGGAAAGUAGACUCAAUCUUCCACAUUGGAGAUAUAAGCUAUGCAACAGGAUUCUUAGUUGAGUGGGACUUUUUCCUUCACCUUAUAGCCCCAUUGGCCUCUAAAGUUUCAUACAUGACUGCAAUAGGAAACCAUGAGAGGGAUUACAUAGAAACAGGAUCAAAUUACAUAACGCCAGACUCAGGUGGAGAAUGUGGAGUUGCUUAUGAAACCUAUUUUCCAAUGCCAACCCCAGCAAAGGAUAAGCCGUGGUACUCCAUUGAACAAGCAAGUGUUCACUUCUCUGUAAUUUCAACCGAGCAUGAUUGGACUCCCAAAUCUGAGCAGUAUCAAUGGAUGAGAAAGGACAUGGCUUCAGUUGAUCGAAAGAAAACGCCUUGGUUAGUCUUCGGAGGGCACAGACCCAUGUACUCAUCUGAUAUGUCAAGUGUGGAUGGGAACUUUGUUGCUAACGUGGAGCCAUUGUUGCUGGAGUAUAAGGUUGAUCUGGUGCUGUUUGGUCAUGUUCACAAUUACGAGAGAAGCUGUUCUGUUUAUAAAAACAAAUGCAUGGCAAUGCCUGAGAAAGAUGCAAGUGGGAUUGACACUUACGAUCACAACAGUUACAAAGCACCAGUGCAUGCUAUAAUUGGCAUGGCUGGCUUUACUUUGGAUCAUUUCUCUCCUAUUGUUCCUGAAUGGAGUUUGAAAAGGAUAUCUGAAUUUGGGUUUGCAAGAGUUUUUGCAUCUAAGGAGGAGCUCAAAUUAGAGUUAGUGAAUUCAAAUACAAGACAAGUUGAAGACACUUUCCGGAUCAUCAAGAAGCAAAAUAGAUAGGUUGUUCCUUCCUUUUUUCCUUUUUUUUUUUUUUUUUUUUUUUUUUUUUUUUUUUUUUUGAAAAA